GCCGGCCGUGGGGGAGGGGCGAGGGCUCCGUGGGCAGGCCGGAUCUACAGGGAGGCGGUGUCUCAGGAGACCUACGUGAAAGGGUUGGGAGCCUUGAUGUUUGAGUAGACAAGUGAUCCUGAGCUGUGAAAGGUGCGGUCCUAAAAGUUGAUUAGAAGCUUUGAGUGCAUCACUGGUACUCAUUGACUGUGAGUUCACUGUCGGGUGACCUGGCUUUGCCAUCUAACAGGGAGCACUUGAAACUAUGAGUGGACGAUCUCAAGUCCACAUUUUUUGGGGUGCUCCAGUUGGUCCAUUGAACAUGACAGUAUCACCGGAACCAACUUCUUUAAUGUCUCCUGAGAACCCCUGGAAGAAAAUUCAGCUUUUAUACAACCAACAUUCCUUACAUCUGAGGGAUGAAAAAUGCAUGCACGAAACUCUUGAAGAUUAUCAAGUUCUAGAAGCUACCAGCCCUCCAGAUCGUGGUAACGCUGACUUCAUAACAAACUCUGUGAGUGAACCUGUUCAUGUGAAAGAAGACUUUAUACGUUUUAUUUCUGAAACACAGACUGUAGAAUCCCAGGAGAGUACCCCUUUAGGGGUGAGAGAGAGAGCCAGCUCCGAUGUGCAAAUAUGUGGAUUUAAGGGCCAAGUGCAGCGUUUAACCGAGAAAGAAAAGUUUCAAAAGCUUUUCAGCGAAAAUAAGCAACUUACAGAUGAACAGCAUAAAGAUCAGUCAAAUACAUGUGGUCAGAACUUCCAGAAAAACUUCUUUCAGUUAGAUCCUAAAUGUGCAGCUACACUAGAUUUGGUCCAUAGUGCGGAACAGACUACUACAGGGCCGGGAGCCGCCGAAAUGCGGUGCGUGCCAACAGAGGGUCAUGAGGUACAAAACCAGGGUCUGAGGUUCUUUUCCUCUGACACAGACGAUAAACCAAGGUCCGAAGCUGUUAGAAAGGUCGCAGACCUUAAAAUAUCUGCCGAUACCGAAUUUCUUAGUAUAAUGACCUCCAGCCAGGUUGCUUUUUUAUCUCAAAGGAAGUCAAAAGGACAGAAUUUUAUCAAGAAGGGGCCUGUAAACAUGGAGAGCGAACCAAAGGCAAGUCAUAGGGAAAUAAGAAUACUUGAAGAUGAUUCGAUUCAGCAUAAUGAUGAUUUUGCAGGAGGAUGUGAAAGUGGACAAAACCAAGCACAUUCCCUUGAACUCUUUAGUCCUGUUUGUCCUGAAACAAAAAGUAGCGACCCUCACAUGAAGUCUGAUAAAGGUCUUGAAGAAAAUAUAGGAUCUCAAGCACUUUUCAAUUUUGAAUAUAAACUGCCACCCAGUGAUGUAUGUGUCGAAUCCUAUAGCUCAGGAAUGCUGUGUUCCCAACUACAUACCUUCCAGAAGAGUCUUGUGAAAAGAAGUUGGGCCUCUGAAGACAAGUUGGGCCAUUCCAAAGCCCCGUCUAAAGUCCUCCAACCAUCCAAGAAAAUUAAGUUGGUCUCUGAUGCAGGAGAUCCUACUGCAGCAAUGGACCAGAGGAAUGUGUCUACAUUUAAGGGGAUUAAAAAAACGUCAUUAAUAAGAAAUUGUGAUUCUAAAAGUCGGAAGUAUAAUUGUUUAGUCAUGGUAUUAUCUCCAUGUCAUGUGAAAGAAAUAAGUAUAAAAUCAGGACCAAAUUCCGGCUCUAAAGUGCCUUUAGGAACAAUUCUGGUAACUGACCAGUCAGGAAUUGAGAAGAAGGUCUCUCUGUGGAGGGCUGCGGCAUUUUGGGCACUUACUGUGUUCCCCGGAGAUAUAAUUUUGCUCACAGAUGUUACUGUUUAUGAAGAUCAUUGGAUUGGUGAGACAAUACUACAGUCAACAUUUACCAGUCAGUUAUUAAAUCUUGGGAGCUACUCAUCUGUCCAGUCUGAAGAGUAUUCCAAUAUCGUUAAUGAUGUUGUACUUCAAGACUUACUGGCAUAUGUGUCUUCCAAACAUUCCUAUCUCAGAGAUCUUCCCCAGAGGCAGCCUCAGAAAAUGAACAGUAUAGAAUUUGUAGAUUUGGAGCGGCUGCAGCCAGACGUAUUAGUCCAUGCAGUACUAAGAGUUGUUGAUAUCACUAUACUGACAGAGGCAUUAUACAGUUACAGAGGACAGAAGCAAAGGAAAGUUAUGUUAACAGUGGAACAGGUCCAAGGUCAACAUUAUGUGCUUGUAUUAUGGGGUCCUGGAGCAGCCUGGUACCCUCAACUUCAAAGGAAAAAAGAUUAUAUUUGGGAAUUUAAAUACCUUUUUGUUCAGCGCAAUGACAUCCUAGAAAGCCUAGAAUUGCAUACAACAUUUUGGUCAUCCUGUGAGUGCCUGUUUGACGAUGAUAAAAGGGCAAUUGCAUUUAAAGCAAAAUUUCAAAAAAGCAUGCCCUCCAUUGUGAAGAUGUCAGAUUUAGCAACACACCUGGAGGAUAAGCGUUCAGGAGUGAUUCUGAUCAAAGCCCAGAUUUUAGAGCUCACGAUCCCUAUCCCAGCAGCUCAGAAGGUAGCUCUAAAUGCCCGCAGCUCUCUGAGCAGCAUCUUCUCUUCUCUUCCGGACAUUGUAUAUACUGGCUGUGCAAAAUGUGGAUUGGAACUGGAAACAGACAAGAACAAGAUAUAUAAACAGUGUUACAGUUGCUUGCCAUUUACUACGAAGAAGCUAUACUACAGGCCAGCUGUAAUGACCGUAGCUGAUGGAAUAUAUAAGGUUUGCAUCCACGUAGGAUCAAAGCUGAUCGAGAAGAUUCUUCUCAACAUUUCUCCUGACUGGCUCAACAGAGUUGUAGAAGGCGGCUCUGGCGGUAAAGGCAGGAUGUAGCAGUUCCCUCGGAAUCACAGGCUCACUCUGUUCGUCCCUGCUUCAUUCCAGUGCUCUCUACUAAGGACCCAGGACACAGACGAAAGCCAUUUCUCAGGAGUGGCUUUUCUGCCAGCUCACAAACUCUCAGUGCUUUCCCUUCGUCCUGCUUUAAUAAACUACCAAUGUGCAAUGAUUUCCUCGAUUGUAGAUGUACAGGGUAAUGGAUUAGUUUGUACAAGCCUGUGUUUAGACAAGUUCAAGACAAGCAUGUCUUUCUAUAAAGAAGCAUUGAAAUGCAGGAAACAGAUCCUGCUUCAACUUGUUUUAUAAAAGAUGGAAGAGAGUCAUGUUGUUACUUCAUUUCUGGGACCUGAGUGCCUUACUGAAUUUGCUUACUAACAAACCUUUAGUGAUUUGUUCUCUCAUUAUGAUUGUAGAAGGAGCUCCUAUCAAAUGAUAGUCCCUGAUGAGGAAGUGUGGAGGGGCGCCUAACCCCGAAGUUUGGAGCAUGCCAAGGGUUAAUAGGUUAAUAAUAUUGCUUGAAAAUCACUAAAUUCGUGACGAAAUGAACAUUUGUUUUACCAUACAUGUGCUUUUAAAAAUUCUUUUGGUUCAUUACAAUUGUUUUCUCUAA